AUGCUUUCCUUUCAUUUCUGGGAGUCCCGGGGUCGACCUACAGAUGCUGCUUCUUCCGUGGCCGAUGGCAUUCAGACUCCUAGCUGCCGAUGGUGCCAGGCAAACAACUGGACAGAACAGCUCAGCUACGGGAAGCUGGCCACGGUCUCGGCCAGAGCAGCAGCCCCCAGGCCACAGACCACCUCUGCCACCCCAUCCAGGAGCCUUCCUUCCUCCCUCAGCCUUGCCUGGGCCCCGCCACAGGGGCUGAAGAACUGGGAGGCGGUGGCAGCAGCGGCAGUGGUGCCUACAGCCUUGGGGCCAAUCCAGGCACGUGGGACCCUGCUUCGGGCUACUCUGCAGCCCCUCCGGGGCCAGGGAGGGGCCCAGGACCGCCCCGGUGCUCACCACUGUGUUUUCCUGUUGCUGACACCGAGGCGAGGGCUCAGAAUGGAAGGCGUCCCUCCUGAGCUGAAUCUGCAGGCCAGGCCGAAGGAGGUCAGGGAGGGGGUGAGCGGAGCUCAAGAUAGCCAGGAGCUCAAGCAGCAGCUGCAGCCACUUCUCAAGCCACUGGCCCCCUCCCAGCGAGAAGCGAAAUAUGUGGAGAUAUGCACUUCAGCUGGAGUCCAGAGGGACAGUCCCCGGACCAUGAGACUUACUCUGGAGCAGCGCCCGGGCGAUCAGAGGGGCUCUAGGAGCCCCCAGGAGAAAGCCCAAGACGAACCCGGCAGCCGAGAGUGCGAGGCUCCAACCCCCCAGAAGACUCCUGCCUGCUUGGAACUCUCCAGAUCCCAGUUCUCCCGCACUGAUGAGGGCAGCACCCUCUCCUCUCCCUCCUCCUCCUCCUCCCUGGUGGACAAAGCAGAAGAAGGUGGCCUUUCCAAGAUGGGUGAUAGCACCACAUCCACGGGGGCUCUGGCCACCUCGUCCUCAUCGUUAGACUUUGAGAGUGACAGUGGUGAGAACGCAGUGAGCUGCCAGCCCCAGGGAGGAGAAGAAGGGGGAAACGCAGGAGGAGGAGGAGGAGAGGGAGGAAGAGGAGGAGAUGGAACCGAGUGCAGAGACAUGAUUGCCAAAUCUCAGGGCAGCACGGACCCUCCCCAAAACCAGGAGGCUCACUACAUCACCACCCACGAGAUCCAGCUGAGCGAGGUAGAGCAGGACACGGAUUUCGACGUGGGCCUGGCCUCCCGCUGGGAUUUCGAGGACAACAACGUGAUCUACUCAUUCGUGGACUACGCUUCCUUUGGUGGCAGCGACGAGACCCCAGAGGACGUCACCACGCCGAGCGAAGAGGACGAUGACAACAGCUGCUACCUCAGCACCACUCCCAGCACCAACGCCACCCGGACACCCAGCCCCACCGGCAGUGACCCCGCCCGCCCCAGCGCGGGCAGCAGCGGUGGCGACACCAGCAGCACGGAAGUGGGCAGCGGCCCCUCGGACAGCGACCCCACUCCCCCAGCCACGGGGCCUGGCACUGCCACCCCGUGUGAGCCCUUGCUGCAGCCGCUGGAGGCAGCCUCAGCCGCCGCAAGCAGCUGCGGGAGUGCAGCAAGCCAGAUCCUCCUAUCAAUCAAACCGACUUCCCGGGCUAUAAAUGAGCCUAGCAACGUGUGUGCAAAGCAAAACAUUAUUUAUGCUGCCAAGCAUGAAGGCGACAUGAGCCUCCGCGUCUCUACAGCUGCUGAACACAAUUCAAGUUCACUGAAGCAAGACCCGGCUGCAGCCGUGGCUCAGGACCAUGCAAAGAAAUUCAUCGCCGUCCCUGCUCGCCUGCAGACGCGGUGCGGGGCCAUCCGGGCGAAGGAGCUGGUGGAUUACUCCAGCGGAGCCUCCAGUGCCGUGAGCGAGCUGGACGACGCCGACAAAGAGGUGCGUAACCUGACCUCCCGGGCCUUCCGGAGCCUCGCUUACCCCUACUUUGAGGCCCUGAACCUCAGUUCCCGGGAGUCCUCCUCGCUCUCCGAAGUCGGCUUUGGGCGUUGGUCGGCCUUCCUGGACUUGAAAUGUGGCGGCGUUGGAGCCAGGGUGGAGCAGAGCCUCCUCCGGAGCAGCGCGGCCUCUAUGGCUGCGGGUCUGAGGAAGGGCAGCGGGGCCAGGACGACCGCAGACCAGCUCUACAUCCAGUCCAAGAAGUCCCAGACCAAGGCCUUGGAGUUCGUCGUCAGCAAAGUCGAGGGGGAGAUCAAACACGUGGAGACACCUCUGUGUUUCCAGAAGCAGGUCCAGUCGGGCUCCCGCGUGGUCACCCUUCUCGAGCCUCUGAAUUUACGCAGUGAGAGCAAAGCCAGCUCCGCCGCAGGGCCCUGCAGGGCCACCAAAGGCCCCAGCAAGGGCCCCGAGUCCGUGGACACGGAUGAUGGCUCCGAGGCCUCCGAGGGCAGCAGGCUUGUCUCCCGAGCUGGCGGCCCCCAGAAGAAGUCCAAGUUCGCUUCCAGUCUGCUCAAAAAUGUCAUCUCCAAGAAGAUGCAGCGGGAACACGAGUUCAGAAUGGAGAGGGGAGAAGUCAGUGACACAUCCCACCAUCACCUCUCCAGCGCCUCCAAGGAGACGGAGGGCCCUCCCCCCGGGGGUGAGAGGCAGCGGGAGAGGGGCCUGCAGAGGCAGAGUUCUCGCCACUCGGAGGCCGGCUCUGAGUACACGGUGGUCAGCGUGUCUGAUGCAGGUGGGGAGGGGUCCGCAGCUGGGUCUAAAUCCCCAGUUUUCAAAGCCAGUGCCCCUCGGGAGAGCCAUGCGGGCUCCGGCCGUGAUUUCGCUGAUGGACACCCAGUGGAGGUGUGUGAAAUUAGAAAGAGUGCGUCAGAGACCGUCAAGAGCACCUUCCUCCGCAGUCAGAACAGCGCUUUCCGGUCGUGGAAGGAGAAGGAGGCUGAGAAGCGGCCAGAAAAGGCCCCCGUUGGGAAGCUGAAACUCCCCAAAGGGGGCGACUGGAGGGCUGAUCUCGGGGAGAUCUCUGCCAGUAAGUCCACCAUCAUGUCUCGCCUCUUUGUCCCCAACAUCCAGCAGACACCCAAGGACAAGCAGCCGGGGAAGCAGGCCACCAAGCACCCUGCUGCCCAGGCCACCUCCACAGCAGUGAUCAGGCCCAAGGUUCCCGAAAUCAAGAUCCGGCUGGGGAGCGUGCAACAGCCAGGCUCGGACUUCAACAUUGCCAAGUUGCUCACACCCAAACUGGCCAGUGGCAGCGCCUCGAACCUCCUCAAGACCACUGAGGACAACAGCAGGGCACAGCAGAAACUCUUCCGGGGGGACAGCCUGGAAAAAGUGCCCCAGUUCCAGGUGAGAGAUGUCAGGGACAAGUCCAAGGCCCAAGGCCCCCUCCACCAGGUGAGAGACGUCCGGAAACUAAUCAAAGCGUCAGGGGACAGCAGUGACAAGGGCAGCGUCACCCCAGAGCAGGGGCUGACCGGGCCCAAACCCAGGCAGCUGGCUCCUGCAGCUGGUGGGUCGGGAUCCCUGUCCCCCAUGGUGAUUACGUGCCAGGCCGUGGUGAACCAGAGGGAAGACAGCACAGACCGAGAGCCCAGGGAGAACGUGGGCAAGGGGGGCAGCAGCAGGGUCUUGAAUUCCUCCUCGCCAGAAGGGACAGUCUUGGUUCACAGGGCAUCUGGCAGGCUGCCCGUGGCCACCAUCGCCCCCAAUAAGCCUGAGCAGGGCUCGUACCUGCCCGUGCUCAAGAUCGUCUCCAAGGCUCAGAAGACCCCAGAGAAGGUCAAGGAGGAGGAGGUCAAGGAGGAAGGAAAAGGCCCCAAGACAUCCCGCAAUGCUCUGGAGAAGCUGACGGCGGCCGUGAGGUCCAUGGAAGAGCUGUACAGCUUCAACAGGAACGAGUGGAAGCGGAAAAGCGACCCCUUGCCCCUGAUGACCGACAGCCACGUCCUGUCGCUCAUCGCCAGUGAGGAGCGAGAAGGGGCCGGGGCUGCUGAGCGGGACCCCGACAAGUUGGCCAAACGGCUGGGUGGGGCGGAGGAGCGGGGCGCCGGGCACAAAGGCACAGGGGUGGUCCUGCGAGGGGGCCCCGUAGAGCGUCUGCAGCGGAGGAACUCCAACCCGAGCGCCGAGAGUGUGUCCGCCCGCGCGGCCGCCUUUGAGAACCUGGCCAGGGAGAGGCCCCGGUCCCUCUAUAUCCCCCCGGUGCACAAGGAUGUGGACAGAGCCCAGCCCCUGCCCCCGCUGCCCGGCCACCGGAACGUGUUCACGGUGAGCGCCAGCAGCACCCAGAAAACGGGGGGUGUCGCUGGCAAGUUCCCACAAGGCCCCGCUCCAGAGAGUUCUUCGGCGGCAAAGGGCAUCAAAUCGCAGGGACUCCGGUCUCUCAAGAUCUCUCCGGCCACUCGGGCAUCUCUCGAAGAGGUGACCAACAGGAAAAAUGGCAGCCAUCUGGAAAAGAGCCCCAGCGACUGCGAGAAUUACCUGACCAUCCCCCUUAAAGGGAGCUCUGCAGCUGGGGAGCUUCCAGGCAGGCCUGGGGCGGGGAGGGAGGGGCCCCCGCGCUCCUCAGCCAGCACUCUCUGCAGCUUGCCCCCAGUGAGUGCCCGCAGUCAGGUCCCCAGCGGCCCCAAAGGCUCUCAGGUCAGCGGAACCAGCCGGCCAGCUUGGUGCACCAAGCCCGACGACCCCCGGGGGACGGUAGCUGCCCCCGCAGGGCCGCAGAGCCCCGAGCAGCCCCCCACCGCGAUCUACCACCAGCAGCUGCUGCCCUUCGCCCUCCAGGGGGCCCAGCCCCAGGUCCUCUGCUUCUCCCCUCCAGGCAUGCCUGCCCCGGCGCCGGUGGGCCCAGCUCCGGUCCCCACAGACCCCUUCCAGCAGCCGCAGCCUCCGCAGACCCAGCGCAAGAUGCUCCUGGAUGUGACAACCGGCCAGUACUAUCUGGUGGACACGCCAGUUCAGCCCAUGACCCGGAGACUGUUUGACCCCGAGACGGGGCAGUAUGUGGACGUGCCCAUGACCUCCCAGCAGCAGCCUGUGGCUCCCAUGUCCCUCCCCGGGCCUCCCUUGGCCCUGAGUCCCGGGGCCUACGGCCCCGCCUACAUGAUCUACCCCGGGUUUCUGCCCACGGUGCUGCGCGCCAACGCCCUGCAGCCCACCCCAAUUGCUCACACUCCAAGGGGCGCCGAGCUCUCCCCCGUGGCAGCAGAGCCCCCCAGCAAAGAGGCAGCUGCAUCUUUCACCGAGGCCCCUUACUUCAUGGCCUCCGGUCAGUCUCCCACCUCCUCCUCCGCCUCCGCCCCAGCGGCCACAUCCCAGCUCGUGGGGGCCAAGGGCUUUGCCCAGCUGCAUGGCAAACCUGUCAUCAGCAUCACUUCGCAGCCCCUGGGGCCGCGGAUCAUCGCCCCCCCCUCCUUUGACGGCACCACCAUGAGCUUCGUGGUGGAACACAGAUGACGAGCGGUCACCAGAAAGCAGAAGGGCGCAGCUGCUGGAGCAAGACAGAAAGACGGACGAAUCUUCUUGAAUCUGAAGGCUGCAUUGUAACAGCACUAAGAAUUCAUCUGGAAACCUUCCUCUACAUAUGUUAUUCUUAGUUUUUGCUUCUUAUAAACCAAGUGUGUAAGUUUCUAUAUUUUUCUGAAUAACCCUGUUAAGACAGCUUGUGUUAUUUUAGUUUUAUGAAGCUGAUUGAAUGGUUGCAUUUUUCCUGCGUAAAACUAUUUCUUUUUAUACUUUAAUACAGAAUAUAAGCUUUCCCUUCAUCUUUCCCUCCUGCAUUUGUGACUAGGCAAACAAUCUCUUACAUGUUCUCAUAGUUCAGUCAAAACAUACAACAGAGUAGGAUUGGUUCUGUUGUAAACCAAAUGAGCAAAUCAGUAAUUUGGAUCACAAAUCUCCCUGCAGAUUCUCGGAAUAUAUCAGGGCUGGCUGGCAAAGUUGUAGCACUUGUUUGGAUUUAAAUGUGAUGGGUCUGCAUUUUGGAUCAUGCCUAGUCAUUCUCUUGGUUAUGUUUUACAUGUUCUUUUAUUGGGUUUAGCAUGAUUUCAAAUGUGAUUGUGAAAAAGUGGUUUUAACUUUUGUGCCUUGUUUUAACUUUUCCAUUGAUACAAUGCCAUGACACUAUUUGUUGCCUUAAAAUAGAAUGGCUUGGAAGACUAGAGAGCCAGUGGUUGCAUUUAAAGUUAAGUUCUUAGUUUCAGAAAGGUAUAAAAUAUCUACUUCCCUCAGAAUCCAACCUCUGCUAUGAGUGUAUAGGAUUAUUUUUCUUCUUCAAUGAUCCCUCCUUAGUUGCACACUCCUGUCUCUCACGGAUUAUUUGGAGUCUGAAGAGUGACCUGUUUGGGGCAGUGGAGUAGAAAGUAAACUCUGAUUUGGUGGCUCUGAUUAUCUCCAGCCCUAGCCAUACCCAUAGCAGUGACCUAGGUUUAUAUCACUUGCUUCUUAUGGUUUUAAGAGAUGUCGAGAAUCCAAAUCACAGAAUCUUUCAUUGACAUUCAAUACUGCCUCAGUUGUAGCCCAAUUCUGAAGGUUAUUUUAGUGAGUGUUCAUGGUGAGUUUUGAAGAGUUGAUUGAACAGAUAAAUAUUUAGCUCGUCAUAAUAAUGAGUCAAUAUAUAUUCAACAAAUGUUACAUUGGAAUAUUUCUUUACUUUUUAAAACAAUAACUUGAAGGUUCUCCCAGGCUUUUUUUUUUUAAAAAGGAAUCUCCUCUUAUUUACUUAUUUGUUCAAAGAUAAAGCAUUCUGGUAAUUUUUUAAAGCCUUUUAAAGCCUAUUUUGAUUUUAAUGAUCAUCAAUAUUGGUUUCUGCUUAAAACAGCUUCUUGAAACCACAGAAUUUUAUACUACUCAUAACUGAAGGUGUGAGUAGAAAAACUAAGAGACUGAUUUUUGUAUGAUUUAUGUAAUCUCAUUACUUUGUAUUUAUGCUUUCCAUCUUAGUUGGACUCUUUAAAAAAAAAAAAAAACUCAAUUUCACAUUCAGGAACUUCCUUAAAGGGAUCUUACUCUGAAAAGAAGUUCUGUUGGGUAAAAGGAAGGGUUUGAGGCAGGAAUAGUCAGCUCUGGUCACAAUUCAAUCAAUCAUUGGGCUGAUGAGCUAUGACAUGAAGCGAUAGCCUCUCUGAGACAUGGAACAUGACAUAUGAAACAAUCUCUGUGUUUGGAAAAGAUGCCCUUGUGCCAUAUUGGGGAAAGCGUUAUUCCUUUGUCAUAGAGGUCUUCUUACCCAAGUACGUCAACAAAUUCACCCCAGAACUUGCUUAAUUUUUCACCACUGGGAAACUUAUCUUACAGCAUCAGCCCUUCCUCAUUUUCAGUAGAGGUGUGCUGGGUAAGAGGUCACUUAAUAUUGAAACAAGAAAGUAGACUCAGUCAAAGAUCUUAAACUUAUAAUACUUAAAGCAGCACCAUGAAAUCUCAAGUAUUUGAACACAUCUUGUGAAACUCAGAUAGGAUUUGGUAGGUAGAACCAGAAUUGAAAAGACUGUUUUAAAAUGACAUGUGACUUUUAGGCAAACCCAGUGCUCGUGUCAAGUAGUCAAUGGCUUGCCAGGUCUUCAAAAAAAGAGAAAUCUCCUUUCCUAGAACACGUGGUAGAGUUCUUACCUACCAAGGGUCUGGGAGGCCCGUGAGCUAUUUAUCACUAUUUAUCAUUAUUUAUCACCAGCAGAUCUGAGCCUUAAAUUCUCACAUUGAGGUAAACUAGGACAGAAACUUGGAAAGAAAGGAGAACUUUUCAUUUGUCGGUUCUAUCAGAGAGGCCGUGUCCUCUGAGAAGCUGCUGUGGAUGUAGUAAAUGGCCAAGUGGUUAAAAUGUGACUUUAAAAUAGUAUUCUAUGAACGCCAUAUCAUCUACUGUUAAUUUUAUGGUUUUCCAUUUCAUCAAGCCAUAAAAAACCAAAUCAAACCUGCCGGGCCAUUUACUACCUCUAGUGAUAGGGAGGAACAUUUUUAAAAACAUGAGGUAAAUCUAAAUCCUCAUUUUCGUUGUUUUAUUAUUUCUUGAGGUUGAAUUGAUAUUUGAAUAAAACAGUUGUACCCUUCCUUUUUCAACCAAAGUUAAGUAGAAAAAACCAAGAGUCUAUGAAGCCUUCUGACCCAUAAAACCAUUACCCUACCAGUGUCCUUUUAGCUACUGAACUACUCUUUUAUGGCUCAUGUACACAAGACCAUUACUAAAGCAUGUAGCAUUUCCUAUAUUGUGCCUGGAGCUUGAAUCUAAUUAGCAUUGCAGAGUCUGGCUUUUGCCAUUUUUUCUCAGGGUUACAUGUGUGACUCAGUUUUCCAGAUGAAUCACAGGGCAUUGUGUGUAGAAAUCUUGACCCAUUUCCUGUUUUUCCCUGUUGGUUAAAUGGUAAGGUUGAAAUAUGCUCCAUUUGAAUUGUUUUUGGAAAACUGAACAAAUUUGUAACCCGUACGAAAAUUUAAUUCACCAGAAUGUAUUUUCUUAAAAAGCACUCACUGAAAUUGCCCUCAGGAUGAAAUGAAGCCCAAAUAUGCAGUUAGUGACUUAACAUAUAGGCUCUCUGUAUGUCUGCCUGUGUCUCCGUAUGUCUGUAUGUGUAUGGCUCUCUGGAUAUCAUUGAGUAAAUAAGCUAAAACAAAUUACACUUUGACAUCUUUAUGAUAAAUCUUAAAUGUUAACACACAUUUCAAACCCAUCCUUAUAUCACUAGGAAAUAUCUAACG